AUGGCCGACUCAAGGACAGGAGACUCGAGGAUGGCCGACCGGGCUUCUGUCCAUUAUACCAUCAAUGUCACUCCACACGCUGCGAGGCCUUCUCCCGACCCGUUUUCCUCACAUGGGACGUCGCAUUCGAGAUCUAGCUCCUACACGAGAGGCUCCAAACCUACUACACCGCUGGCUUCACCCUACCCUGUUGGUCAGUUUUACCCGUCGCAGCCUCCCAAGCUUUCGCCGACAAGGACGCCUCCGGCGAGAGAGCCCAGUCCGAACUACUUCGGUCUCAUACCCGAAACGUCAGCGGACACCGGAGAUUCGGCUCUGGCGUCACGAGAUAAUUGGAGUCCCCCUUCAUCAUCAAUUAAGUCGUUCGCCGCCGCCAUUCCUAAACCUGUUCAGAUCAGCGGCAACCCCGACUAUGAGGCCUUCAAGAGGCAAGCCGAUGCCAAUCGGGGAGAAAGCUUUGCAUUGUCGACUUCUCACUUCGGUCUCGCGUCCGCGUCCGCCGAGGGCUCAGUGCCCCGACCAAGGCCUCAACGAUGGCACACCUAUUCCAGCGAGACGUUCGCCGACAUUCCAUCCCAGCGCGUGUUGAAGGAACCCUUGACCGAUCGCAUGGAUGUCGACAGGGACCAUGAACGCGGCUCGGCUUAUGUCUCGUCGGAAUCGAAACGGAAUUCCGAUGAUUCGCUUCAGGCAGCCGCUACGGUUCUUAAUCUGCCGAGGUUUGACUUACUCACACCGUUUGAAGCGUCUCCCGAGAAAACUACCAUGCCACCGUCGAACACCACAGACCGACAACCCUGCCUCUCGAUGCCGCAGAACAAAGCCAGCGUGCCAUCAUCGAAUCUACGAACUCCAUCCAAUCGGAAGGCUGACGCUCCAUCUGAUCGCGUAGGGGGGCCUUCUUUGAUUCUGGCAAGUCAACUAAAACAAAUGAUUGAGAGCUUCGAGUCGGAUUCCGAGCUACUGAUUCUCGACUUGCGAAUGUCUCAACAAUACUACCAGGCACGCGUCAAGGGGGCCCUGAACCUGUGCACGCCAACUACGCUCCUGAAGCGUGCGACAUUCAACCUCCAAAGACUGCAGCAGACAUUUCAGAAUCCAGCUGAUAAAGAGCAAUUCUCCCAGUGGGCCUCGUCGAAAAAUCUGGUCAUCUAUGACGCUCAUUCAGCUGACGUGCGAGAUGCCGUGGCGUGCUUGAACAUGGCCAAGAAAUUCACCAACGAGGGGUAUAAAGGGGGUAUUUUCAUCCUGCGGGGCGGAUUCAAUGCGUUCUAUGAGAAGUUCCCUGAACUUGUCGAAGAGUGCCCUGCAGCCGGCUCAGGAAGUCCACAAUCGUCUGCUCCUGGGCAAGACAACGCCCGUCUCGGAAUUCCCCCGAUCAUAGGCGGCGUCAUGCUGCCGAGCGCAUCAAGUAGCCCAAAUCCCUUCUUCUCUAAUAUCCGACAGAACAUGGACCUGGCCGACGGAGUCGGACAAUUUGAAAUUGCUCGGCCCCGGGGUGUAGACUCUCCCACCUUGCCCCAGUGGCUGCGGGAAGCGUCGACAGAGGCGGACCGGGGAAAGAAGGUGUCGGAUAAGUUUUUGCACAUCGAAAGGGACGAGCAAGAGCGCAUGAAGAAAGCAUAUUCCGCUUUCAGUCCCCAGUCUAACCCCGAAGACCCUUGCCCCACGGUUCAGCUGUCGGGCAUCGAACAGGGUGCCAAGAAUCGCUAUAAGGACAUCCUGCCCUUCGACCAUUCCCGGGUGAAGCUACAGGGACGCCCGUCCGGGGCCUGCGACUAUGUCAAUGCGAGUCACCUCAAAGCGUCAGGGAGCAACAAGCGAUAUAUCGCUUCACAAGGGCCGCUGCCAGCUACGUUCGAGGAUUUUUGGUCCGUCAUCUGGGAUCAGGAUGUGCGAGUGAUUGUCAUGUUGACUGCCGAAUCUGAAGGGGGGCAGCUCAAGUGCCAUCCGUACUGGAAGUCCAAUGAUUUUGGUCCCAUUCAGCUGAGGCCGCUUUUGGAGAAGAAGGUAUCUCUCGACAUUGACAAGCACCGUUCUACCUCGCACCCCUCAUCUAGGGGUUCGUCGUCUACCGUGGGCUCUGAAGCUGGGAGGAGGCGUGCCAACACUACAACGACAUUCGGUGGCGCGACGCCGGCCCCUCAGCCGAUGCCCAGCCAAAGCGAAUCUCCGUACGUCAUUAUUCGCAAGUUCGCCCUGUCUCAUUCCGCGCACCCUUUCGCUCCGAUUCGCGAAGUCACUCACCUACAAUACCCGUCUUGGCCGGACUUCGGGACUCCAGCCCAGCCCUCGCAUCUCCUUGCGCUCGUCGAGGUGGCGAACGUCAUGCAGCGGGCCGCCCUACCCGUCAACACGCCGUCCGUCGCCGCUUCAGGGUCAUAUGCGGGGUCGCUCGCGGCGUCGUUCCAGGAGGAGCCGGAAAACGACCCGCGAGCCAGACCCAUGUUGGUGCAUUGCUCCGCCGGGUGCGGACGUACGGGGACGUUCUGCGCCGUAGAUAGUGUGAUCGAUAUGCUCAAGAGGCAGCGCCUGGCGAGGACGACUCUGAGGCCGGUCAAGAAACGGGAUUCUGACGGCGACAUCAAGAUGAGCGGGCAACGCGAGGUGGAGGAGCCCACCUCUCCUAGACUGUCGCAGGCGAGAACCGGCGCCUCUGCUGUACCGUCCCCGCACCGAAUGAGCGGCCUGGAGAGCCGUCGCAGCUCGUGGGAAGAGCCGCCCCUCGACACCUCAUGGGUCGGCGACGACACGGUGGACCUGAUCGCCAAGACGGUCGAGGACUUCCGCGGCCAGCGUAUCAGUAUGGUACAGACGCUCCGCCAGUUCGUUCUGUGCUAUGAAACGGUUCUCGAGUACGUCGCGCGGGCGAACGAGAGGAGCGGCGCUCCUUCGGCCAAUAACGGCAAGGGAAGAGGUCGGAGCGGAAGCCUGCAGGUUGGACGAGAUCAGUCACUUUAA